AUGGAUUUAAAAAAGUUCUCUGUUGUCCAUUUCGUCGACGAAAACAGUUAUGAAGUUAUCCCGUCGACUUGGAUAACCCCGGACCAAACGCGUGGUUCGUUUCCGUCAAAUAAACCGAAAGGGCUGCAAAAAUUACAAUCUACACCUGACUCUCCUUACAAUUCUGCUUGGCCAUUGUGGAACAUAAAGAUAAUCAAUUAUUUUUGGUAUUUAAUUACUAAUUUUUUAUACACAGACAAAUUCGAGCGAGCUAACAAGAAGGCUGGAAGUGUGGUCAAAGGACUCGAAACUAGUGACAUUGAACAGGUGAGGAAGUCUCGACGUAACAUUCCACCACAAUUACCGUCGGAACAAAUAAUCGAACCGGAUUCAAAUUUAGGAGAAUCGGCCAAACUAAAUAAUUUCCUGACAUCAGACCAGGAAGAAGGUCGACAGCAUGAACGACGUGAGGUUCACGAUAAUCCUCAGUCUCUAAGUGAAGCACCCGGAUCAGGUCAGGAACUCUUUCUGCAAGUCCACAAUCCGGAUGUUACGCAACUCCAAGAAGAAUUUCGUCGAUUCCAAGAGGAAUCUCUUCAUAACCAAGCCGAAUUGUUGGUUCGAAUUAACGAUUUAACAAAAUUAGUUAAGCAAGUACUUUCGUCAACUGGUACUGUUCCGUCCCCUUCAACAUGGCCAUUAAGAACAUUGGAGGAUUUUAAAACUGUGGACGAAUUAAUUAAAGAUCCGAAAAAUUUUGCUGCCGAGUUCAAAGCAUUGACAAAGAUUCGUGGAGGAUCUUUAUUAAACCAUAUCUAUUCGACACUGGGUUCGAUAUUUGCUCAUGAGUUAGCACUUCAGAUAAGGUGGACUGAUGCUUCGGGAAAAGUUCAACUCCAAGGGUCAGAAUUGGCGAGACUUGUUAGAGAGGCGGUAAAGUUUACUCGAGAGGAGGACCAAGACGCGACCGACAAGAACAUUAACUCAAUAAUUGCAAAAUGGUUCCGACAAUCCCCUGAUCGGAAAGGAGGCAGCGGAUCUAGGAGAAACGUUAGCAGCGAUGGAAACACCGAGGAGAACCAUGGAGAGGAAAAUACAGAAGAAGGUGCAGGCGUCACUUCUGAAAAUCAGGCAGGCAACUUGUUGUAGUGUUGACGCACAUGAAAAUAAUUUAGACAGUAUGGAGGUUAUCGACUCACACGAAAAUAAUUUAGAUAGCGUGGAUGUUUUUAACGAUUCAAGUAGUAGUAGUGUAACUGAUUCACCUCCUAAUUAUUUAAUUAGCCAACAAAUUACAGAUGAUUUAGUUGAUGGCCCAGUAUUAGGAAUAGAAUUAGAGGCAUACCGCUCUAUAACUGUAUCAAAAAAGUCGCAACUAGUGAAUUGGGCAUUGACACAUAAUGUUACCCACUCAGCUCUAUCUGAUUUAUUAGGUUUAAUUAGAAAUUGGCUUCCUAAUGAUAAUUUUCCAGUUGACCCCAGCACACUUCUCCAAUCCCCU